AUGUAUUCCAUGGCCAGAGCUGAGAGGUCCAACGAGAGAAAACACGAGGAGACAGGCCGUGACAUAAAAUCUGUUCUGCCUGCACACAGCAGUCCACCAUGUCCACAUCUGUGGUUUUGGUAUGAGGGGAUAUGCUAUUUCUUCUCUGAUGAAGAAAAGAGCUGGAUGUCCAGCCAGGAAUUCUGCUUGUCAUUUAAUGCUUCCUUGGCUGUUAUUCCAAACAACGAAAAGGUGAGAGGUGUAACUGGUGAUGUUUUCUGGAACUGGGUGAGAAAUAUUGCAAGUCAGGGCUCUAACAUCUAUCUCUUCUGGUAUUUGAAGGACAUUGUGAAGCGUUGGACAGGCGAAAAUUCCUACUGGAUUGGCCUGAGAAGAGACCCGGAUCAGCCCUGGAAAUGGACAAAUGGAGAAAAUUCCAUGUGCGUCCUCUUCCUCUUCCUCCUCCUCCUCCUCCUCCUCCCCUGGCCUGGUUGUCUGUCAGGAGUUUUCAACAGAGGCGCCACUUCCCAUUUUGCCACUUGA